UGUCCAUUGACGAAGAAGAGAUUGGCUCACAUCUCCUGUCUUUAUAUGAAGAUGUCAGAUAAAAUGUUAAACGAAUGUUUUCAAUGGCAAGAGACUGUUGAGGGCAACCAUAAAAUAUAAAACUAUAAAUUGAAAUGAAAUUAUUGUGCUGUAUCAAUUAAUAUUCAGAUGAAAAUCAUUAUAGAGGGUUCAUUUGAAAUGUGUAAUUCGAAUCAGAGAGCGUAUUUGUUGUGUGGGCAUUUAUUGGGAGGAAGGGGGCUGCAGCGGGGGUUGUUAUGCUGAGUGCUCCUCUCCCUCCUCCUCCUCUUCCUCCAUCUGCGUCUCUUCAGUCGCGCCUCUGUCCGCGGAUAACCGCGCCAGAACAGCUCUCACGAAAAACAUCCCAAUUAUCCUCGAAACGUCGAGUAAAUGCCAUUAUCUAGUAUCUAAAUGGUUUCUACGAGCGUAUAGGGGUCCUUAAAUCGACACCAAUCGCCUCCGAGUGGUUGAAGAAGAUGAUCUCUUGGCUCGGGGAGGCUGUGCUGCUGCUGCGUGGGGGAGUGGGUCCUUACAUCCUGUGGCGUUUCCUGUGUUUGUAAACUAGACGCUCUCGAAAAUCCUCGGCCGACCCGAGCUCCAAGUUUGAAUGCUAGAUGAGUGAGGUGGGUGUGGCUUCCCACCAGCCUGACCAUCCUGACUGACGGCUCUCUGGAUGACCUUGUCCCCACCCCUGUCCCUGCGCUCACACACACCGUUACCACAGCAAUGUCACACCUGCCCAGCAGCUCAGUCCGCGACCAUAUGAAAUGGGCCGGUCUGCUCGGCUGUGAAGCGGUGCUCUCCAGCAUGGCCCUGAUGCAGGCCAGCACUAUGGCAGCUCCACCCAAAAAAAUGAUGGCUCCACUCGGACACGCACCACCACAGAGGGACGGGCCUGACCGUGGUCCCCAGAGUCACAUGAUCCUCCCGUCUGGCAUGAGCUGUCCACCAUUGCUGAUCCGGAAGGAAGGUGAAUUCCAAGCUCCGCGCCUGCUGGAUGAGAAGGACAUGAGGACCAAUGAGGACCUGCAGCAGAAAAAAAAGAACAGGAAAUCAGUGGCGCCCUGUAAAGUGAGAGAACAAGAGGGAAGGGGAGGGAAGGGCACAGGUGGAGAUGAGAAUGGUCCAUCUUCCAAAGUGCAGAAAAACUUUAUUUGUGACCACUGUUACGGAGCUUUUAGGAGCGGAUACCACCUGAAGAGACAUAUCCUCAUUCACACAGGGGAGAAGCCGUAUGCUUGUGCCGUAUGUGACAUGAGGUUUAUUCAGCGUUACCACCUGGAGAGACACAGCCUCAUUCACACGGGGGUGAAGCCGUACGCUUGCUCCAUGUGUGACAUGAGGUUCUUCCAACGUUACCAUCUGGCAAGACACAGCCUCACUCAUACUGGGGUGAAGCCAUACGCUUGCUCCAUUUGUGACAUGAGAUUUUUCCAACGCUACCACUUGGCAAGACACAGUCUCACUCACACGGGGGUGAAGCCAUAUGCUUGCUCCAUGUGUGACAUGAGAUUUUUCCAGAGAUACCACCUGGCGAGACACACUCUCACACAUACGGGGGUGAAGCCGUAUGCUUGCUCCAUGUGUGACAUGAGGUUCUUCCAACGUUACCAUUUGGCAAGACACAGCCUCACUCAUACCGGAGUGAAGCCAUAUGCUUGUACCAUGUGUGACAUGAGGUUUAUACAACGUUACCAACUGGAAAGACACAGUCUCACUCACACAGGGGUGAAGCCGUACGCUUGCACCAUGUGUGACAAGAGGUUUUUUCAGCGCUACCACCUGGCGAGACACAGCCUCACUCACAUGGGUGUGAAACCUUAUGCUUGCACCAUGUGUGACAUGAAGUUUUGUCAGCGUUACCACCUGGCGAGACACAGCCUCACUCAUACGGGUGUGAAACCUUAUGCUUGCACCAUAUGCGACAAGAGGUUUUUUCAGCGCUACCACCUGGCGAGACACAGCCUCACUCAUAUGGGUGUGAAACCUUUCGCUUGCACCAUGUGUGACAUGAGGUUUGUUCAGCGCUACCACCUGGCCAGACACAGCCUCACUCAUACUGGUGUGAAACCUUAUGCUUGCACCAUGUGUGACAAGAGGUUUUUUCAGCGUUAUCACCUGGCGAGACACAGCCUCACUCAUAUGGGUGUGAAACCUUUUGCGUGCACCAUGUGUGACAUGAGGUUUGUUCAGCGCUACCACCUGGCGAGACACAGCCUCACUCAUACGGGGGUGAAGCCGUAUGCUUGUUCCAUGUGUGACAUGAGGUUUAUUCAGCGUAACCACCUGGAGAGACACAGCCUCACUCACACGGGGGAGAAGCCGUUUGCGUGUGACAUGUGCGAUAUGAGGUUUAUCCAGCGUUACCACCUGGAGAGACACAAACGCGUGCACAGCGGCGAGAAGCCUUACCAGUGUGAGCGCUGCCAGCAGAACUUUUCCAGGACAGACCGUCUGCUGCGGCACCGCCGGCUGUGCCAGGGCCGCGGUGUAGCAAAAGUGGAGACCCAACCGUGUUGUGAACCACGCCAGUAUGCCCAAGAAGCGCCGCCCGCCCCCCCAACCUGGAGCCCCAUGCACCCCCCUCCGGGUCGUCUGGCCGUCUGACAUUCCACAUUGGCUGCGUCUACCAGGCCGCCAGACACAGGCCAGGCCGACGGGCGCACCGCUCGCUCUAUGCUGAGUGGCUCGAGCGAAGACUGACCAUGCGGCUCCAGUCUUGGAUUACUAAUAACUGCGGGACAUUUGUUGCUUUCGUUUUAACUGUUUCUUUUCUCCCCACCAUAUUUUUUUAACAAUGAGACUUUUCUGUGAUGAAGAGUGUUCCUGUUUUGUACUUACUCAGUUUUUAUUGUUCCAGUGCGUCCACAUUUGUUGGUACUCUGUAAUGACGGCAGUUUUUUUUUUUUUUUUUUUGUAAUUGACAUACAGGGACAUAGUUGCAAGGAAAAGCAUUUCAUUGUGUCACUUAGGUCCAAAUAUGGCUCGCGUCAACCAGAUCCUGCCGGUCGUGGCAGCUGUGUUUCAUUUGAUGUCACCAUGGCAACGGUAGCUUGAUCAGGACCCUUUUGUGAAGCCAUCUGGUUGACCGGCAUUCUUUGCCUCGAACAACAUUAGAGGUACACUGUCUGUAAAUAUUGCUACUAAGUGUUUUAUUUUUUUCUUCCCUCCAUUUGGUCAAGAAUUACCCACAGUCGUGUUAUUGUUAACCAGGACUUCCAUGGAGUAGGCGAUGAGUGGACAAUCCCAUUUUGGCCAUGUAUCGAUCCCCCCGCAACCCCCCCACCCCCCCUUUUCUGUUGCGUGCACGCAUCUUUUUUUCCCAGUUUUAUUUAGCCUUUUUCCUUAAUGUUUUAUUAUUGUGUAUCAGAUGUAUCUACAAAGACAAGGCCGUUUUUCUGUCACAGUGGAUGUUUUUCCUCUAAACUGUCGUGGUUACAGAAUGUUGGUGACCCAAGUGGCACAGAAAAUGUCUUACGUCAUUGUCACUGAUGGGGAGUCACGUGAUGUGUAAUACUGAAGGAAGCCCGGUCUGGUGAAACCAACACUCUGCUGCGCACUAACCAUUGCCUUUUUAUGCAGAUAUUAUGUGCUUGGUGUGUUUUAACAGGUGUAUGUCAUAUCAUUGGGUGUAGCCUUAACAAAGUGCGAUACACAAAUAACCAUUGUAAUGCUCAACAUUAUCGUAACAAGGAUUUUUGUUGUACCAGCGAAGGCAGAGAAGCUCCACCACGGCCGCUUGACUUCCUGCCGAUUUAUUUCUCAAAUGUGACCCUCCUCGAGUUCUCAUCCGCGGUCUUCUGAUGAAGAACAGCUUGUGUGUACAUAAGACGUCCUUUUGGUUGACUGAAUGUAAGAUAGGCGCAGUCCCGGAGUAUAUGUGUAUGGAGUACCUCCGUGAUUGCCAGAAAGAACAUUCAUGCUUUAUGUUCAAUACAAAUGAACAGUGUUGAUUUCUCUUUGCUGUGUUUACAGCUGACGGCCUGACGGAGGGUCAGGUUAGAGGAAUGCAUCGUCACUGUGCACAAAGCAUGCCGCUGGUGCAUAGUGGCACGUUAAAAGGGCAAUACAGUACUUGUCAGUUUAGUUUUUAGUUGGACCACGCAAAAGAACCCUGACGUCGCAAUCGCUUGUUUUUAACAUGGACGUUUUAACUUUUGGCUCGGAUCAAACCGUGGGUCUGAGUUUUAUUUCAAGUACCUUUUUAAUUCUAAAAUUGUAAACACUGGAGUGAUGGGGUGGGGGCGAAAAAAGGCAAACUGAGUGAUGGAUAUUUUUGUUCCCUUCAAACUGUACUCUGUUUUAGACAAAGCCUCUUUCUCCUCAGAAAAGAUGAAUAGAAGCAUUUUGGAUCAGUCUGGCUGACAGCCCACUAGGGGGGUUCGUUUGAAGAAAAAGAUUCCUUCUAAUGCAAAGUCCCUGGUAUUUGUAGUAAAUUAUAUUGAUCCUGCUAUUAGGAAAGCGAUGACAUAACGGUAGCUAUCACAGAUUAGUUGUUUUCUUUUUUAGUCUUGCAUGCAGUUAUGGUCCUCAGUUGAAAUAAUAGAAUCUUGAUAUUGAUUAUUUUGUGUAGAAAAAUGAGUGCAUACAAGUAACUUCCUAAAACUGUUACAAUAAUUAUUGUAAAAUGGGCUAACUAAUAAUGUACCCUUGUGAUCCAAUUAGUUUCAACCGUAUGGAAAUCGGAGGAGAGGCUUCUUACUAUUAUGCUGAAAUAAAAACAUUUGUUAAGGA